GUGCUUUAUCCUCUCGUUUCAUUUCACGGCCGGGGCUGCAGGAGGGUUUCUUUCGCAUGCGAUGGGCGUCCUGAGCACCUGAGAAAUGGGCGGUGCCACGAGGUUCCUAGUGCUUCUUACCACUCCCUUCCCUCUCCUCCACCGCCGCAGCUCCUCCCUUCUCCGCCUCUCUCCUCACCGCAAGAUCAUACUCUCCUCUUUCCAUCACCUUACUUGCUCUCCUUCCCACACUCUGCCACUGCCGUCUUCUCCUCUCAAAGCUUCUGACCAGCUUCACAAUCAGGCUGCCUCCUCUGUUCGGAAUGGCUACUUCGAAGACUAUUCCCCAGGCCACCACCAUUCUCACCCCUGGCCCGAGUGGUCCAAAUUCAUCGACCAUAUCUCUGCUUCUGGAUAUUUUGAUAGCCCGCCGUGUGAGGGUGAAUUUGCGGCGGCAGGGCAAUUGCAAACCUCCUUUCUGCGUGAAGCCAGUGCUUGCUUGGCCUUUGCUCGGGACCGAAAGAACAUUUUGCGGCUACUUUCGAGGAGAGACAUAGAGGCGGUCAUCGAACAUGGCGCGCCAUUUCUGUUCCAAGACGCUGAGGAUUCUGUGAGAAAGAUGAGAUCUUUUAUAUCCAAUAGUACAAUCAGUAUCCUGGAUUCUGAUCAAGCUCAUACGGUUGAUUUGAUGAAAUUUUUGCUGAGUUAUGCGAGUAACCCUUGGGUAUCGUCACAAAGGGACAAUCUCCAUAGUAGAGAUCUUGUUGAAUCAUCAGUCCGCAAUCUUUUUGCGGAACUUUUCAAGCUGAUUUGUAAUGCACCUGGAUCGAACUCAUAUGGUGCACUGCAAAAUCAAAUGCCUGUUAGAUCUGGACAGACAAUGGCGCCUGCAAAAAAGAUUGAAAUGAAAAGGGGUGAUUGGAUUUGCCCGAGGUGUAACUUCAUGAAUUUUGCGAGAAAUAUCAAAUGUCUUGAGUGUGAGGAGGCAAGGCCAAAGAGGCAACUAGCUGGAGGAGAGUGGGAGUGCCCUCAGUGUGAUUUCUAUAAUCAUGGGAGGAAUGUGAAUUGCAUGAGGUGUGAUUGCAAGCGGCCUGGACAAAUACAGUUAGGUGCGAUCAAUACCUCAUCAGGAGUGGAGUAUGGAAAUGAGAGUAGGACUAACACUUCAGACAUUGAUAGUAGGUUAGGUGCUAAUGAAGAGAAAGCCCAACGCUGGUUUAGCAAGGUUUCUCAACUGGACAGUACUGCUGAUAUUAACACUAUGAUGUCAGAUGAAGAUUUUCCUGAAAUAAUGCCGCUAAGGAAAGGAGUAAAUAGAUUUGUUGUGAGCACGAGGAAAACACCUUUAGAGAGGAGGUUGGAUAAUAAUACUCAAUAUAAUAGAAACAUUAGUAACGAUGGCGCUCGUGAGGCUGAUGAUUUUCAUACUGGCAAAGCAAUCAAAUCACCUGACACAUCUGUUAGCCAGAGGCUGGAUGAGAUUCUUGGUCGUUCUUCUGGACAUGAUACAAAUACAGAUGGCCCACCUUCAAUUUCCAGUUCUCCUCAGUACAGAAAUUUGAAAAGCGGCAACUCUAGCAAUGUUCCAUUGUCCACUGAUACUUUUGCUCAAAAGUCGGAGGACUUAAAGACAGCAGAGAGCAGAAUGGUGGUUCCAGUUACUGAUGCUGGAUCUGGUAACUUGGGGGAGAGUUUACAGCUUUCUAGUCCUUCAAAACAAAUUGAUGGUGAAAACAAAGAGAAAGAGCAGGCUGAGAAAUCUGAGAGGUGGUUUAGAAAGGUUUCUGAGCUGCAUAAUGUUUCAGAUUUGACAAGCGCUAUAUCUGAUGACGAUUUUCCAGAGAUAAUGCCAAUGCGGAAAGGAGAAAAUCGAUUUGUUGUUAGCAAGAAAAAAGAUCGCUCUGUGACUUCCCCGGCAUACAAGAGACAAUUAGCAAUGGAGCAAGCUAGUAAUACCAACUAUGUUCCGUUUGUCCCCUUCCCGCCAGACUACUUUGCCAAAAAAGACAAACAGGAGUCAGAUGGAACAAGUUCAACUGGUAAAUCCAACAUUGAAUCAUCAACGUCAGAGGUGGCGGAGAAGCUUCCAGAGAUGGCUGGUGAUGCUGGACAUAGUAUUGUAGGGGGAGACUCUGCCAAAGAUAUAACCAAUGGUGGAGUAUCUUCAGCUGGCCCUGGGUUGCAGAGUAGAGAUUAUGCCUUAGACGGUGGAAAUCAAGAUUUAAGCGUGAGGAGCUGGAGUCCAAAGCCUUCAGGACGGGGCUCAAGUAACAAUGACAAGGAUUCUGAGGAUAAGUACUUCAGGGACGAGAAUAAAGAUCAUAUGCCAAAUUUGAGUGGGAGUUCAUCCCCCACGUCUGAGAAUCAAAAUGUUAGGGCUCAAUGGACAGGAAAAAGUUUGGAGGGGUCAGCGGUAAAGGAACCGGAUCCUCUCGACAUGUCAGAGGAGGCAAAGGCAGAGAGGUGGUUCCGUCGCGUUGCGCAGAUCAAGGAUAUAUCCGAGCUAAGUCAGAUUCCUGAUGAAGACUUCCCUUCGAUAAUGCCUAUGCGCAAAGGGGUGAACAGAUUUGUUGUGAGCAAGAGAAAAACACCAUUGGAAAGGAGAUUGACGUCUCAGCAGUACAGAAAAAAUCUUCCAGUUGUGAGUUCGGAUCCAAUUAAAAAAGAAAACGAAGGUAGCUAAUGCGAGACUGUAAACAUUUUUCUUUCGAAUGUCUCGUUAAAUUUUAUUUUGCAGGCGAAUUUUGUUUGAUUUUGAUUACCAUAAGAGAAAAAUUACUUUCCAAAAUCUUAAUACUGUUACGUGCAAGAACUUUGUUAGAUUGCUCUACAGGUCAUGAUUGGAAAGUCGUUUCUUCAAAGUUCAAAGAAAAGUUGAUGCUAAACCGUAUUCAAUUCAU